AUGCACUUGGCCAUGGAGACUGUCACCUGCAACAGAGCCAUCAGCCUGGCCGGCAGAAGAAUGGACUGGCUGCAGGCGCUCGGGACGGUCUCGGAGAUGCGCACGAAGGAGGUGCGCUGCGAUGUUAUUACCUUCAGCUCCCUUCUCAGUGCCUGCGAGAAGGCCAGCCACUGGAAGCAAGCCAUGCUGGCCUUCUCAUGGAUGAUUGACUCCGAGAUCGAACCUAACGUUGUGACUUACAGCGCGGCGAUUAAAGCACUGGAGAAGCCUGGACACUGGACGAUUGCUUUGGAAUUCUUGGCCUUCAUGAGGAGGGUCAAGAUUGAGCCCAACACCAUCACCUACAACUCCACCAUCAGCGCGUGCGAAAAAGCAGGCGAGUGGCUUCAAGCACUCUCCCUCUUGACCUCGUUGCAAGGCGGCCGUCUGGAAGCCAACGUAAUCUCCUUCAGCGCGGCCGUCUCUGCUUGCGAGAAGGGUGGCCAAUGGCAGAGGGCACUGCUUCUGCUGAUGUCUAUGCCGAAUCAGAAUUUGCGAUCCGAUGCCAUCUGCUUCAAUGCUGCAAUCAGUGCCUGCGAAAAAUGCGGGCAGUGGCAGCAGGCCAUGUUACUUCUACAGUCGCUACACGACGCAGAACUGGAGCCCACAGUCAACACAUUCAAUGCGGCGAUUGGCGCUUGUGCCCGUUCCGGCGAGUGGCAGAGGGCUAUGCUACUCCUUCUGAAGAUCGAGGAGAGCGGGAGACGUCCGACGGCUUACAGCUUUGGCUCAGCCAUAGCAAGCUGCGGCAGGGGCUGCUGGCCGCUGGCUUUGUGGCUGCUCGGAAGGGCAGCCGCUGCUGCUUCGUUAGACGCCGUGGCAGUAGCUGCUGCACAGAGUGUUCUCGUCGAUGCCGGUCGAUGGCGGGCGGCGUUGGAUCUGCUGACCGACCUUCCGACGCUUUCACUGGCGCCCACUGUCUCCAACUUCAACGCAGCGAUCAGCGCGAGUGAGAAGGCGGGGCUUUGGCAGCUCUCCAUCAACCUUCUUGCUGCGAUGGCGUCUUCGCGUCUUCCUCGUUCUCUUGAGGCCUUCAAUGCAGCUAUCUCGAGCUGUGAGCGAGAGGGACAGUGGGUAGCAGCUUCUCUUCUUCUCUCCGAGCUGCAAGGGCGCAUGCUCCUUCCGGAUGUGAUCAGUUUCACCUCCAUGCUCACCGUUUGCGCUACGGCGGGCCGGUGGUGUCAGGCUUUGCAGCACUGGCAGUCGAUGGAGGCACAUGGAAUUCGACCCAACCUGCUUGCUUUCAAUGCCUGCCUUGGAGCUUGUGUCUUUCCUGGGCGGUGGCAGGAAGCCUUGAGCCUCUUCGAGCAGAUGGCGGAAGCCGAGGUGAGGGCAAACUUGGUUUCCUACUCCGAUGCCCUUGCGGCCUCGGCCCGUGGUGUAGCUGCAGGAUGUGCACGAUCUCUUCUUGACACUCUUGACCGGGAGCUGCAAACGCAGCUGCAGCCGCCAAAGUGA